CCGAUCUCAUUCUCGCUGCAAACAGGUGUCACUUUUGCGCCGACCUUGAAUAUCACGCUCGUCGUUACGUUUUGCGCCACUUCGCUCAGUUGUAUCAGCAGAGCGAAGAAGUGCCGGAACUACCAGUAGAGGAGCUGCAGACGAUUAUUGGGGCGGAAGAACUGAACGUGAAUGACGAGAAAGACGCGUGGGACUGCAUGAUCCGGUGGAUCGACCGUUUACAUUGCACUGUUAAACAGGUAAGACAUCACCCAUAUGUUAGAGAAAAUGAUGCAUGCAAACCCGUUAUCAUCGAGACGCUGAAGUUUCUGGAGGAGUCAGAAACAAUCUUGGCGUACGACGGGGAAUAUCGGACUCCGAAGUUUGCCAUCCCGCGAAUCCCUCAUGACAUUAUCUUUGUUAUUGGAGGAUGGACCACGGAAAUUGUCACUGAUUCGAUCGAAACAUACGACACGCAGGCAGACCGAUGGAUUAAGAUGGAAGAGGGAGACCCGAUGGGACCGCGAGUCCACCAUGGCAGCGCAGUAGUCGGUUAUAACAUUUACGUCAUCGGUGGUUUUGACCGCUUUAAAUCCUUGAACUCAGUCAGCUGCUUCAACGCAGUUACAAAGAAAUGGCGCGAGGUGGGGCCCAUGAAUGACCGCAGAGCGUACGUCAGUGUGGCAGUGCUCGAGGGUCUGGUGUACGCUGUUGGUGGCUACACUGACAAGCGUCGACAUAGAACGGCCGAGCGAUACGACUACAGGAGGAACCAAUGGUCGAUGAUCGCUUCUAUGAACACGCGGCGAUCUGACGCAAGUGCGACUGCACUCAAUGAUAAAAUCUACGUCGUUGGUGGAAUGAAUGGCCAAGAAUAUUUGGCCUCAGCAGAGGUGUAUGACCCACAGACGAACGAAUGGACAAACAUUUCACCGAUGUCUUCCCCACGGAGCGGCCUGUCUUGCGUCGCUUUCCAGGGCAGUGUGUACGCCGUAGGAGGAUUUGUUGAAUCCUUUGUCACUUUGAGCAGUUGUGAGAAAUACAACCCAGAAACAGACACGUGGACCGAGAUCUCCCACCUGCUUCAUCCACGUGGCUUCUUGGCCCUUCAAGUGAUUGACGACGCCAUUUUCGCCAUCGGUGGUUUCAGAAAGGACGAGAGCUAUUGCCGAGUGGAGUGUUUUGACUGCAGCAAAAAUGAAUGGUACGAGGUUGAGGGCAUGAAUACAUGUAGAACUGGGUUGUCGGCCUGUGUAGUCAAGGGACUUCCCAAUGUAGGCGACUACAUCUACAAACACAGGGAUCUGUUAAUGGAGGAGGAUCGGCAGAGACUGCUGAAGGAGUUGGAAAAAAAAUGGGAAGAAAGGAAACAGCAAAACCAAGAUCUCGACGACGUUUACCCCGAAUAAGACAUAAAUAACCUUUAUCAAGAUGUCAGUUUUGAAGACGACAUCUAGGUUCACCACGAUAAUGAUGAUAAUAGUAUAUAGUGGGCGUGGUAGGACAUCAGCAGAGUGAUAAGAAAGACGGCAAACGAUAAAUAAAAUAUUGUAUUAAUCUAAGAAGUGUUUUAUGUUGAAUACGUAUUAUUGAACUGUGUUAUUUUGAAAAGGUUUAAUUCUGUUACAGAAACGAAAAUAAAACUGUAGAUAAGGCAUAAGGCGAAGCACUUUAUUGUUAACAUUAAACUGUAUUGACUAUUUUUUUGCACGGUUGCCUGUAGAGUAAGGAAUUAUGCAGAAUAAAACAGUGAACUUUAUUUGUCUGUCCUAA